ACCAAGUGUCGGAGCAUGGACAAGUCGAAUACUUGGCAACAUAAUAAUCUUGGGCAUACGAACAUUAAUAGCAUUAUAUCAUGAUCCAAAAAAAUCUUUACAACUUUCAGGCUCAGCUCAUUACUUUUUAACUGGAUCUAUAUGUGCAAUAUGGUAUAGAGAAAUUAUUAGACUUGGUUUAUUACCAUUGAGUUCAGAAGAAGAAAUGGCGUUAGUAAAGAGAAAAAAACAUAUUCCUAAUGAAAGCUCAGGAGAUGUAUAUAGUUAUAUUAUUAAUAAUUUACCAAGUCGUCAUUGGAUUGUUCGACGCUUCUUCGAUUGGACAUGUUAUUUUGCUUUUUUCAUAAUUCUUUGCACAAUGCCCCAUUUAUCCUUAAAAGUUUUUGGUAUGCCUAACAAUUUAACAUUGGAAUCUAUUACUGGAGGAUCUUUGUAUUCUGCUCUGAUCCUUGCAGGCCUUUUAUCCCGUGAUGGCUCGUUCGUUAAUGCAUUUUCGUGGAAUUUACUUUGCUUUUCUGGAAAAAUUUCAUUUAGUAUAUACUUACUACAUCCAAUUGGAUUUACAAUUGUGAAUGAAUUUGCGACAAGUAUAGGAGUACAAGGGGCGGCAAAGGAGAUAGAAGCGGAAGAGAAAGUUAAUGAUAUUUUAGACGCUGUAAUGUUGACAUUUGUG